CAGUUCUAAAAAUAAGUAUUAAGUGCAGUAAAAGUGACAGUAAUGCCUUCUGCUUUUGUAAGCAGAUCAAGAUAAUACUUUUCCUGCUUGUACCUUUGCUGUUUUCUGUCUACAGAGCAAUCUAGAGGAAAAUGGCUACCUUUUUAUUUUAUUAAUCUGGGGGAUAAACUACUGUGUAUUUAACAGAAUUUGGUAGUGCAUUCACUGUGCCACACUGGAGUUCACUAUUGGCUGAGGUGCUCAGAUGUUUGAUGUUAGUUUUUUCACUUGUAGUCUAAGUUAUCUCUUGAGUGGCCAGUUGAAAUACUAAUUCUUUAAGAGUAAUCUGAAAUAUUGCUAAUCAUGACAGUAUCUUUACCCUUCAAGUGUGAUUUGAAGUUAAAUCAGCUACGAUGUAAUGAAGAUUUUGAAUUAUUUAAGAGCUUUCAUACAUAGGUUCUUAAUGCUUUAGGGUAUAAAUUCAGAGUGUGGUAAGCUCCCUGUGGAGUUCAUAGAAUUCUCUGAAGCAAUCCUGUACUGCAUUGUGGUUGGGUGCAGUUGAGGUUUGUCUGUCUGCAUCUUGGACACUACUGGGUAGCUGAAUUUACAGGUGGGACUCAUAUGCUAACUUAUUUUUAACACCCAUGGUUUAAAUACUAAUUAUUUCCCACCCCUUCAUUUGUUUUAAAUUCUGCUUUCUUAUCAGUGUAAGAUGCCUGGCAGUAUUCUGAUAUGAGGGUGCUCUUUUCCCUAGUUCAGCAUCUAUCUUUGUGAAACCAACGUGGUGUGAAUGCAGUAUUCAAAGUGGGUGGCGUCUCCUUGAAUAAAGGAGAAGAUGGAGGUGCCAACAGUCAGCAGUAGAGAUAAUGGUGUAUCUCAUAUUCUGACUCUAGCGCUGCAAGAGCUCAGUUUGCUCUGUAAGAGAGAUGUCAAUGGUGUUGGCAUGCUCUAUGACCUGCUCAGAUCUCGCUGGCUGCAAGCACUUCUAAAGAUUUAUGAAUGCCUCCAACACUAUCUUGGAAAAAGACCAGCUCCUGUCACGCUGCAGGCACGUGCAUUGAGUCGUGAGGUGGUAGAGUUACUGCGUGAAGCCCCUCAGUCAGGAGAGAUCAAAGAGCUAAGACGGCUACUGCGUUCUCCACACUUUAAGGCCUUGCUAUCUGCUCAUGAUACUGUGGCCCAGAAAGAUUUUGAACCAACCCUUCCACCACUGCCAGACAACAUACCUGAAAAUGAAGAAGCUAUGAGGAUUGUCUGCUUAGUGAAAAACAACCAGCCUCUGGGUGCCACCAUUAAACGCCAUGAGAUAACAGGUGACAUAACGGUUGCCCGUGUGAUCCAUGGUGGGCUGGCAGACAGAAGUGGGUUGCUGUAUGCUGGAGACAAACUGGUGGAAGUAAAUGGAGUUCCUGUUGAGGGACUUGAUCCUGAGCAAGUCAUUAAUAUUCUGGCCCUGUCUCAGGGGACAAUUAUGUUCAAAUUAAUUCCAGUUUCUGAUCGGCCUGUCAGCAACCAAACAACACUUUAUGUGCGAGCAAUGGCAGAUUACUGGCCCUUGCAAGAUCCUGCCAUACCAUGUGCUGAUGCAGGUUUGCCUUUUAAGAGGGGUGAAAUACUCCAGAUUGUGGACCAGAAUGAUGCUUUCUGGUGGCAGGCCAGGAAAGUUUCAGAUCUCAGUGCCUGUGCUGGACUCAUACCCUCAAAUCAUCUUCUUAAAAGGAAGCAGCGAGAAUUCUGGUGGUCUCAGCCUUUCCAGCCCCACCUCUGUCUCAAAUCAUCAAUGUUAAGCACUGUGGAAGAAGAGGACGACAUGCAGAUUGAUGAAAAGUGUGUGGAAACAGAUGAAGAAACAUUUGAGUCAGAGGAGCUUAAAGAAGAAGAGGAAGAAUUUGGUGAAUUUGGUCAACGAGUCUUUAUUGCUGGAUUCCGCAGGAGCAUGCGGCUGUGUCGCAGGAAGGCCCGGCUCAACCAGCAGUCUUGCUACUCACGCUGCCCCAGCAGCUGUUACAGCAGCCUAGCAGCUCCCUACGAAGAGGUGGUCAGGUACCAGCGGCACCCAACAGACCGGCACAGACUAAUUAUCCUCGUGGGUCCUGCAGGAGUUGGUGUGAAUGAACUGCGGCGAAGGCUAAUCACAAGUAACCCACGAGAGUUUCAAAGUGCCACACCUCACACCACUCGUGUUCAGAAAAGUUAUGAAAUGAACGGUCGUGAAUAUCACUAUAUAUCAAAGGAAACUUUUGAAAACAUGGUGUAUAGCCACAGAAUGCUGGAGUAUGGGGAGUACAAAGGGUACCUGUAUGGUACCAGUAUUGAUGCAGUGCGAACAGUCCUUGAUGCAGGGAAGAUCUGUGUAAUAGACUUAGAACCACAGGGCAUACAAAUAGCCCGGACCCAUGAGUUAAAGCCCUACAUUAUAUUCAUCAAGCCACCCAGCAUAGGUUGCAUGAGGCAGACUCGUAAAAAUGCAAGGAUCAUUACGGAUUAUUAUGUGAACAUGAAGUUCAAGGAAGAAGAUUUACAGGAGAUGGAAGAAUCGGCUAAGAAAAUGGAAGCUCAGUUUGGUCAGUUCUUUGAUCACGUGAUUGUGAACGACAAUUUACAAGAAGCAUCUGCGCAGCUGCUGUGUGCAGUACAUCGUGCACAGGACGAGCCCCAGUGGGUCCCUGCAGUAUGGAUAUGCUCAGACACUCAGCCCUAAUUCUGAGCAGCAGGCAGCUUCAGAAAGAUUACAGCUUAUGUUUUACUUCAAGAAUAAUCCUAAUGUCAGGAUUGCAAGAAUUUAUCUUUGUAUGUGAGGGAUUUGGAAGAGGAUUAGAAAAGAAGCUGCUAUUGGAGAUAUAAUCAUACUAUGUUCUGUGUAGCUCUUGAGCUUUUUAUGUUACAGUUGCAUCCACUUUUGUACAAAAAAAAAAGGAAAUACUGUGAGCACUCAAUUAUAAGAAUAAAGAAAGAUCUAUUUUGUUGCAUGU